UCGGCUUUCGUCUCCAAACUCAAACGUUGUGAAGUAGGGAUCAACUUCCCUUCCCUUCAACCAACAGCGCAUGCGCAGAAUAACUCCAGUGUUGCGGGAGCCCGCCCGAUUUCCCGCUGCGGCCUUCAGUUGGCUAUUGGAGCAGCGAGGCGCGCGCUCGCGUAGUGCGGGCGGGCGGUUUGAGGAGGCGGAUGUGACGUUAGUAGCGGCGACCUGAGGUAAGACUGUUUGGAGAGUGGUCUUCGCCGGUGGACGAGGCGUGUGGGGCGGAUGAACAAAGUAUUACGUGUUUCCAAACAUGAAAAGGAAAGUGGCCAAAGCUGGGGGACUUAGACUUAGUCCUAAUGAAGAAGCUCAGCUGUUGAAAGAAGAACACGAAAGAAGAAGAAAAUUAAGGCUACAGCAGGUCAGGGAGCAGGAGAGGAAUAUUGCUUUGCAGAUAAGGCAAGAUGUUAAGCAGAGAAGAGAUGAGCAGCUGCAUCAUUUGGCAGAAGAACUGCAAGCAGCGUGGCAGAGAGCCCAAGACGAGAAGAUUCAAGCCUUGGAAAAGCUUUAUCUGUCUAGCUUAAGAGCUAUAGGAGAAGGGCAUAGACAGGCAAAGGAAAAUGAACCUGAUUUGGAGGCUCUGGCAAAGCAAGCAAAGGAAAGGAAACAAAGAGCAGAAAAGAGGCAUAAGGAAGCGCUGAAGGAGCAGAAAAAUCAAAAAGAAAAGUUGUUGAGGGAGCAAACAUGGAGAACAAAUGCACGGAAACAUGCAUUGGAUAUAGAAAAAGAGAGAGCAGCUAAAAUUGCAAGCCUGCCUGCUCCUCCUCCACACCCUUUUGAAAAUAUUGAGUUGAAGAGUGUUCCUACAGUGAAAGUCUGUGAUGCUGACACUUUUUCAGUUACUCACCAUCAUCUCUUUGACCCAUAUGUGGAUAGAGAAAUGGACAUAGAACAGCCAGAUGCUCGGUUACUUGCUGAAGUGGAAGCCAAACGGAAGGAAGGACUACAGAGCAAUGAAGAAAGAGAGAGGAGAGAGCAGCAAGAAAAGGCACUCCUGAGGGGGAAGCAUGCCUUGAAGAUGGUUCGUCUGGCACGAGACAGAGAAAAGCUAAUGAAAGAGCUUGAACAGAUGCAGAAUAUGGACCUAGCACGCAGAAGACAGAUUGUUGCCCAGAUGCCCCCUCAGUUGUUUGAACCCUCCUACAGGCGUGUGGAAAUCAAGGAAGAAUGGCAGAGAGAGCUGGAGUGUGCCUUUGAAGACAUGUAUACUGGAGACAGGAAAAUGAAAGGAGACCUUAUUUUGCAUCUUGACCCACAACCCUUACCAAUCUUCUCUGAUCAACCUCAUGAUGAUGAACUGGAACUCUCCCAGGAGCCAGAUUCUGUUUUUGAGGUGCCACAAAGAUCGGGGGAUGAGAUGAAGGACAGUGAAGCAGGUAGUGAAGCUGAAAAGGCACCACAGCUUCAAUCUAAAUUAGCUCUUAAAAAGUUGCUAAACAAGAUCAGGAACCAAAAAGACCACUGGACAUCAAGGUCUGAACCAGAGACUGCGAGUGAGAUUGGGACAAUUGAGUCUGGAACAAUUUCUAGCAGAGAGAGAAGAUUAUGUGAAUCAGAAUCUGAGCAUGAACCAAAAUGUGGUUCUGUUUCUGAAGCCAAGGAGCUUCCAGAAAUUCUGGGCCAAAGUAUUGUUGCUGGAAAUGCAGUUCUAAAUCACCCACAAGAACAAGCAGCUAAAAUUAGAAAGGAAGCAGAAAGACAAAAACAGAUAGAGUGGAUAGAGCACCAAAAGGAACAGCAGCUGGCAUUGCUUCAGCAAAUUGAAGAGCAGAAAAUACGGCUGGAGGUUGACUUUCUGAAGGCGCAAAUGCAGCAUCAGAAUCAGGAAGCUAAGAAAGAUCAAGAAUCCCAAACAGAAAAUAUGAAUGGUACUAUCCCUGUUGUACACUGGCAGGAGGAAGUACAACAUAAGCCUGAAACAGCCAUAGGACCACAGGCAGGCAGCAGUUCUAAAGAGGAAGAUCAUAUACAGAUGAUUCGUGAUUAUCAGCAACGUCUUCUAAUUCAAAACAGGAUGCACAAAGAGUCUGUUGAAGAAGCCAGAAAACAUUUACAUGAGUAUCAGAACAAGCUAAAAGAAAGAUAUCAGUCCGUUUCUGCAGCAUUAUUAGGCCCUGCUAAAAGACUUACACAGCAGAAUUCUAUUCCUGAACCAUCAUUACAAUUACAAGGAUUUGAUGGGUUGCUGAGAGUUAAUCUAACAGCAGACCAGACAUCUAGGACUGUUCCUGUACAAGAGCCAACUGAGCAUUCAGAACUGCCUUGGAUAUUAGAAGUGCCAUCAGAGCAGAAGAACAAAGAACCAAAGCUUGAUGUGGACAGUGGGGUGACGGUCCAGCCUGUAUGUACCUGGGUGGAUCAAAGACCUUUUCAGUUGACACGGACAUCCUUUUCCCACCAACAGACAGAAAAACUGGGAACACCUUUGCCACAGUCACUGGAAUUUCACAGCAUUCCAGAAUCAUUAAUGCUUAAGUCACAGGACACUUCUGUUACAACUCAGCCAGUGGCUCAGACACGGCAUGUCCAAUUCACUUUCCCUGCAGGCAGCUCUUCUGUGUCUUCAGAAACACUCUGGUCUGAUAAAUCGAUGUCUCAUGCACCUGUGGCUGAAAAGAUUCUGCUGCCACCAUCCUUAAAGCCCCAGCACAUACCUCCUAAGAGCUGGACAAGAACAACCUUUGACCAUACUCGUGUCCCUCCUCUCCAUCCCCUCUCUUCUGUGCCUUCCUCUGUCGCUAGCGAGACUGGGAGGACCCAGGAAUGUUUAGCAUUACAAAAUGGAAGUGGACACUUGUCUGGUUAUUCUGAUAUAGUGGAAUUAAGGGAUAGAAUGCUGGCUUCCUCUGAGAGCAUUCAGGCUCAGCAAGAGCACUUGAAAGAACUGCAAGAGCAGCUAGAUGAGCAACGGGAAGCUCUUCUUUCUCGGCAGAAGACACAAGAAGACGUGCUCUUGCAAAAGCACGCUCAGUUGAAACAACAAAUGGAACAGCAGCAAGAAGCUUUAAAAGAGUUUCUUAAAAGGGCAAGACAGUCCAGCACAUGUAGAGAUACAACAGAGGAGCAAGAGACUGACAACUUCAAUCUGUUGGCAACACUAUCUAAAGGAGCAAAAGAUAGCAACCAAGAAGAGGCUCACUUUGCUGAUUUGAGCAGCUAUGCUGAAAAGAACAUUUUGUUUCAAAAUGUAGGUUCAAAAGAAAAGAUUGAGCCUUUUCAAGACACUUGGGGAAGAGAACAGACAUGGAGACUUUCAAAGCCACCUUUGUCAAAAGUAAGGUUAGGGCUUGAUUUGGAACAGCAUGAACUUAGCAUUAUACCAGAACUUGACACCCCAAGGAGUGGCAGACUUUCUGCUACAGGUUACAGAGAAUCUCUUCAUGGAGAUGUUUCCCUCACUUCAAGAGCUGAUAAACCUCAGUCCAGCAGAAGCCCAAAUGAAGAUCUCCAUGAAGAAACAGAUAUAUUAAGAAUUACAGCUGAUGGCAAAGAAGAAAGCUCUGGUGAAAGCCAGGAGCAGUUUAAUGAAUUAUGGUGUGAGAAGUCGUUGGUGGAAGCUGGUGGCUUGUGUGACUCAGCUCACUCCAGCAAACUUAUUCUUAGGGAUCAAAGUAUGCAAAGUUCUGCUGAUACUGGAAAGAAAAUAGCUACGUAUCCCGAUCUUUCAUUUAGACCAAACAAUACGGUAACACUUCCUACAACAUUGUCGCCUGCUUCAUUAAGUCCACAGACUUGUACACAACAGGUAGCCUGUGGCUAUUUCUCUGCAUCUACUCUUUCUGCUGCCAGCUUCAUAACCAGUUGCAAUCCUGACAGAAGUUAUGCUAGUACAGAGCCAUGUUCAAGCAGGGAACAGCAUAGAAAUUUCAGCUCUCCUUUGAAAGAGAAGACAAAUACUGCUUGGGACUCUUCAGUUUCUGUACUGUGCAAACAGGACGAUCCUUCAGAAGCUCCCAGUUCCCAUCUGUUUGGAGAAAUGCUGUACUUUAAUGGAAAUAAAAUUCAACAGAUCAUAGACAAAUAUACAAGAGAUUUCAGUUGGUCAUCUUUAAGCAACAUCUCUUCCCAUGAUCCACUAGUCGAACUUGACACUACUGAUAUUGAGAGACAUUUUCCAAAUUUCCACCGUGAGCUUUUUCAGCCUUUGGAACCAAGUCCCGACUCUGAUACCUUCUCAGCCCUUUCUCAAUGUAAAAUAUCUCACAACAGCAAGGAACUAAGCAAGAGUUUGAAUUUAUCAAAGAAUCAUGAAUUAACGGCUUCCAGCUUAGAAGAAAGAAGCAACAGCCUUUCUAUUCUCAGUACGGGAAAAUUAAGUGAUAUUUUGCCAAUGCAACAGACUGGUGAGGAGGUAAAGGAGCAGAUUCAAGGUGCUGAAGAAUUAUUUGAACACCUGCCUCUGGAAUAUACCUUAAGCGAUCUUCAACAGAGUGCUGAUAAAUCUGAAACCUCCAGCACAGGGUCUGAACAAAACUUUGAAAUAAAAAAAUCUACUGGGAGGAAUAUCUGUGUUGCACCUGAAAGCAUACAGUGUGAGGAGCUGGAAGGCGGUGAGGAGAACACCAACUUUUAUUCUUCCAUUGAAAGCUUUCGUAGUCCAAGUCUGAGUCCAGCAGAAGAUCGAGGCUCAUUUUACCAGCUAAUUCCAGAUAAUGAUACAGUGAAAAGUUCUCUUGGGACGACAGAGACAGCGAAAGAGGAUGUGUCAUCAAAAGGAGAGAACCAGUCCUUUGUUGAAUUGCCCACUGCAUCAACUGACAGGAACUGUGAGACAUUAGCAGAAAAUUUGAAUUGGGAUGUGGAAAUUGAUCUCAAUCAGUGUACUUUGCAAACUGUGAAAGAUCAGUAUUCUCUAAGAACAGAGAUGCUGCUCCUGAGUUUGCCUCAAGAAAUGAACUCCAAGAUCUCAAUCAGUCCUGUGCAAAAUUCUGUACAACAAAACUGUGCGCCAGAUGUGUUCCAACAACCAAAUUUGAAUGCUGCACAAGCUGAAAUUUCAGGUUCCUGUCUGUCAAGCAAAAUACCAAUCUGGGAAACUCAUACAGGGCAAGGCAUUAUGGAAGAACCUGAAUUGACGCUGAUAAGCUCCAAUGAUGUCAGUACUGCAGAAUCAGACUUGGAAUUCUUUAGCCAAGCCAAAAGCAGAAAUGGGAAAACUGAAAACCUAUCAUAUGUUGAUCAUUCUGAGGUUAAAACAUAUCCUGAGAACAGAGGAUUUUUACCUUUAAAUUCAGAAGUAGAUGACUCCAUUUCCACUCAGGCUGACAAUCCAUCAACAGUUCAAAGCACCCAAGAGGAUUAUGGUCAAAAACCCAAACAAGCAGCCGUGUUGCCAGAGUUCACAUCUGUUGCUGUGAGCUUGCAAGAAUCAUUUUUGAAACUGAAGAAAGACUUCAUUGAGAGAUCCUCUAAAAGACUAGAGAAGCUCAAAAGUAGAGAGCGAAGUUCUGAAAAGCCUCUGGUUAAGACAACUGAACAGAAACAAAUAUAUCUUCAUAAACCAAAAGAGAACUUGCCACCUCCUGGUUCAACUGUUGCUCAUUUGAAGAAAGUGGAAGACUUAAAAGUGUGCUCUGCAGAAGACAGGAAGACAGUAGAAAUACAAAUGCACCAACGCACUUCAAGAUUGUAUAAUAACUUAGCUGAAGUGAAAAUCAGAAAGGAAGAGAGAGAGAGGCGAGAAAAUUAUGCCAAAAACCGGGAAAGAGCAAAGGAGUUUCAAAAGAAAACAUUGGAAAAACUAAGAGCCAGAAAAGCAACAGUGAAAAAAUAAUGUUCUUCAGGAGGCACCUUACAGAUGGAAAAGAACUCUUUAUUGCAAAGUAAAAACUACUCAAGGUCACCACUGCAAAUAUAUGGAAUGAUGUGCAAGCUUUUGAUAUAAUUUACACUCAUUUUGGAUAAUUUGCCAAUAUAGUCAAAGUUGUAUAGGGUAAAUUGUCCUUAUUUUUCUCCUUCAAUUAUGACUUUUUAAUCCAAGAGGGUUUUUUUAAAAAAAACUUCACAUGCCCUUGCUUUUGUAUCAC